AUGUCUGACUGGGAAGAAGAUUCCGAAGACACCGCUCCUGUUGCAAUAGCACCACAACCUGCGUACCAUGCCAGAGUUUUUAAUUCUUCUAGCCGAGGCCGACCAUGGGGUGGUGUAAGAGGUCAAAGCAAUGAAUCUAACUGGAGAACACGUGGUGAUGAGUCUAGAAAUACCCAAAAUAAUCGUGGUAAUUUUCGUCGUAAUUUUCAUCAAGAUCAAGGAAACAAAAAGGUUAUUAGAAUUCCAUCACAUAAAGUAGGACGUGUUAUUGGUAAAGGUGGUACAAAAAUACGCGAACUUGAGUAUGAAUCCGACGUUAAAAUCAAAAUCGGCGAUUCUAAUGGAAAUGAUACUGAUAUAACAUUAUUAGGCACUGAUGCGGCUAUUUCUAAAGUGGAAGAUAAGAUAAAUGAACUAACAGAAGAUCGUCAAGCUUCAGUUGUAAAAGAAAAUCUCAAUAACAGCAAUGCAAGUGGUGAAUUUAACGAAUUUGUAAAAACUUCUGCAGAUGGAGAAGAAAUGAUUGAUUGGAGCAAACUUAAUUCCUCUUACUCUAAUCAACAACAAGAACGAUGGAACAACUUACCACCAAUUAUUAAGGAUUUUUAUAAAGAAGACCCUACAAUAAGUAACAUGACUCCAGCUGAGGUUACCUGUUGGAGAUUAGCUAAUAAUGAUAUACAAGUAAAACGAACUUUUGAUGAUAAGCCUGGGCUAAGACCUGUGCCUAAUCCAGUAUUAACAUUUGAACAAGCUUUUCAACACUACCCAGAAAUUUUAGAAGAAAUUCGUAAACAAGGUUUUGAACAACCAUCCCCUAUUCAAAGUCAAGCUUGGCCAAUAUUACUUCGUGGUGAAGAUAUGAUUGGUAUUGCUCAAACUGGAACAGGAAAGACAUUAGCAUUCUUAUUACCAGCUCUAAUUCAUAUAGACGGACAACCUAUACCAAGAGAAAAACGAGAUGGUCCAACAGUUCUUAUCAUGGCCCCAACAAGAGAACUUGCAUUACAAAUAGAAAAAGAGGUAUCAAAGUACCAGUAUAAAGGCAUUAAAUCAGUCUGUAUUUAUGGAGGAGGAGAUAGAAAGGAACAAAUCAAAAUUGUAACUAAGGGUGUUGAUAUUGUUAUAGCUACACCUGGGAGAUUAAAUGAUCUUGUUUUGGCAAGACAUCUUAACAUUAUAAACUUUUCCUAUAUUGUCUUGGAUGAAGCUGAUAGAAUGUUGGAUAUGGGAUUUGAACCUCAGAUCAGAAAAUCUUUAUUCGAUGUGAGACCUGAUCGUCAAACUGUAAUGACAUCUGCUACCUGGCCAUCAGGUGUACGUCGCCUUGCCAUGUCCUACAUGAAAGACCCUAUCCAAGUGAAUGUAGGCUCUUUAGAUCUUGCAGCAGUUCAUACAGUUACACAGAAAAUUAUGUUUGUAGAAGAAGAUGAUAAAGAAGCUGCACUCUUAGAGUUUAUUCAAAAUAUGGAUGAAAAUGACAAAGUCAUAAUAUUUUGCGGUAAAAAAGCUACUGCCACACAUAUAUCCACAGAACUGUGUUUAAAGGGUAUAGAAUGCCAAUCUCUCCAUGGAGAUAGAGAUCAAAUUGAUCGUGAAGCAGCUUUGGAAGAAAUGGUGGAUGGCACAGUUAAUAUUUUGGUUGCAACUGAUGUUGCAUCUAGAGGUAUUGAUAUUAAAGAUUUAACUCAUGUUAUCAACUUAGAUUUCCCUCGUCAUAUUGAGGAAUAUGUCCAUAGAGUAGGUAGGACUGGCAGAGCUGGUAAGACUGGCAUUGCUUUGUCUUUUGUCACUAGGAAUGACUGGGCACAUGCACAGGAAUUGAUCAAAAUAUUAGAAGAAGCUAAUCAAGAAGUGCCAGAUGAGUUGCUUUUGAUGGCUGAAAGGUUUGAAGCCAUGAAAAUUCGUAGAGAGAGGAAUGAUGGAGACAGGCGUGGAAGAGGUGGUAGAGGUAGACGAGAUCGUUAU